AUGACCGAGCUGCGAUCACACAAGGAGUUGGUGGAAGUCUUCGAAACCGCACUCACCCUUGCAGGGGAGCAAAUGGACGAGCGGGUAGUGAUAGCCGCGACCGAAACGCUUUAUCACUGGCGCGUUACAAUAGACUUGGAGAUGGCCGAUGUGCGACCGUUCAUACACAGAGCGUUGUGUUUGGCCACCAACUUAGUGAGAAAGGAGCCAGAUGUACCGACUUUAUUGGACCUCGCGGCCGACACCGUGGUUCGGUUCCACUGCGUCGACCUGGGUGGGUCUCUCCCCGGCAGUUUGCUGUUGUCGCUGCCACUGGAGGUACACGGCCUCUUGGAGGCCAAGCAAAGCGCACUCCUUAAGAAAGGUAGUAUUAUCACUCCCACCACGGCUUCAUCGUCGGCCUGUACUCACAAAGUGCGUUGGUGUACCCCAGCCGACCCUAAACAUCACAAAAAGACGCUGAGGACAGUGACACGGACCUGCUUGAUGGCCCUGUCUGAGAUGCUGGAGCACGAUCUAUACGAUUUGAUGCGACCUGCAAUUGUCUCGAUGCUCCAUUCUGACAAUCGCUGGCAACUACGGGAAGGCGGACUGCUGGUGCUCGGGUGUCUGCUUCCGCACUGUGGGGAUCACGAAUUUGGGGACCGCGAGGCCAUGCUCUCCCUGAUCAUGCCAGCAAUCAGCGAUCCGAGGGCCAAAGUGCGGAAGAUGGGCUGCUGGGUGUUGGGCUUCUUCCUGCGUGAGCCCUGUGAAGUGGUAACCGAGGCAUCAAAGCUCUUUGUACGACUCGCCGUUGACGAUCCGAACCGGGGAGUGCGGCGCAAGGCACUCCUCGCUCUAGAAGACAACAACUGGACAUGGUGUGCCGAAGCUGUACUCAAGGAAUGCUUUAGGGUUCUGCAACGGGACCAGCCACUGGAGGAAGCCACCUCCGUCACAGUGCUUGGCGUCAUCGCACGAGGACUGCGUCUUAUUACCUUGUGGGCGGAAGCGAACCCUUCGGCCAACCAUGGACUCUACCUCGACGUGGUGCAAGGCUGCAUGCAGACACUGCUCGAUGGACUGCCGAUGCUCGCCCAAGAUGCAACCACCAACAAACAGGUGCUCCAGUCCCUUAGGAAAGCCUCUGACAUUAGCCAAUUUGCUGCCAGUGUGGAUGGAGAUUACAAGCUGGGCUGUUUCGAGCGCCAUUUUGGUUCGCUGCUUGCCAGAUCCCACAAUUGUGAAGAGGUGAAUGAAUGCAUGCUUGCCUUCUGGAAGCACAAACUCCAUCAGCCUACAGCCAAGUUCGGCAAAGAAACAGCGACCAGGAUCGUCUGGGUCGCUGCAACGCAUAUGAUCAAGAGGGCGGAACACGUAAAGCUGGCGCUCUGGGCGCUGACGUGCAUCAGCGAGGACUACCCAGAUUGCGUGACCUCACUCAUGGACCCUAUCAUCUCCGCCUUGGUGGCCCUAUCAGCGGCCUUACCAGCCCACCCGCCAACCACUUCUGUGCGAUUCUGCCACUGUCUUGACCGGCUAAUUGCCACCUGUGGAGUUGCCAGGAUGAGACCCCAUGUGGGGACUCUCUCGAGUGCCCUGGUCGCCAACAUAACUCGCCGCUCGCCCUUCGAUAUGGCCCUGCGGUGCUGCCUGUUCUUGGUUCCGUGUGGCGUGAGCGACAUUGACGACCGCGUACUCUUCCACCUGAUCGAAGCCGGCCCUCUGCGCACGAUUACCGAAACGUCGCAGGAGAUUACGCUCCGGGUGUCGACCGAGAGCCUGGCCAGCCUCGUGGUGGAGCUGUUCACCGAGCGCGGGCUGGACGAGUGCGGCGAUCCCAAGGUCGCCUCGGCCGUACUGGCCCUCCUGGCCGACCGGCUCCAGCGCGACACAAGCAAUCUCCCGAGCGCGGGCACACCGCAACCGCCCGCGGCGGUGCGGGAGCGUGUGGGCCAGGCUCUAAGCGUACUGGCGGCUGCGAUUGGACACGGCGCGUUGCAAGCAGACCGGAAGAAGUGGCGCAAGUUCCGCCGGGGCCUCAAUUGGUAUCUGCCGGCCGCCAGCCCGCUUCUUGCUCUCCUUCUCGGCCACGCGAAUGCUGCACGCGUCACAGCAGCCGUGCACGCCGUGUUGCGUACUUCAUGA